CUUUCGCGGCAUCGCCUGCCCCAUUUGAUGAGCCUACACCCACAGGCGGGCCGCGCCGCGGCACGCGCGGCAGAGCAUGGAGCCAUCGCCGGCCUGGCCGCCGCCACCUCCAGGAUCGCCUCCCACGGCCGCGCCGGCGACGCCGCCGCGGCGCGCGCCGUGUUCGACGCGAUGCCCCGCCGCGACGCCGUCGCGUGGAACGCCAUGCUCACCGCCUACGCCCGCGCCGGCCAGCCGCGCGCGACCCUCGCGCUCUUCGCCGGCAUGGGCACGCCGGACGCCUUCUCCCUCACCGCAGCGCUCUCCGCGGCGGCCUCCCUCCGCUGCCCUCACGCAGGCGCGCAGCUCCACGCCCGCCUCCUCCGCCUCGGCCUGCGCGCGCCGCUCCCCGUCGGCAACGCGCUCGUCGCCAUGUACGCCAGGUGCGCCCGCGCAGACGACGCCGCGCGCGCCUUCCGGGAGAUGCGCGACCGCAACGCGCUGUCGUGGUGCUCGCUCCUCCACGCCUACGUCGCCUCGGGCCGUAUGGCGCUGGCGCGCGAGCUGUUUGACGAAAUGCCCGCUGGAAGCAUCAGCAGUGUUGCCUGGAACACGCUGCUCACGGGGUAUUCCCGCAGUGGCAAUGCCGAGCAGUGUCUGCUUCUGUUCAACGAGAUGCGGGUGUCGGGGCUGUCUUGCGACGAUGCAACGCUCUGCAUUCUAAUCGACGCUUGCAUGGAGCUGCGCUACCCAUCCACCGGGGUUGCAGUCCACAAGAUCGUUGUGCAGAGUGGCUGGAAUGCAAUCCCCGAAGUCAAUAACUCACUUAUUUCCUUCUACAGUAAGUUCAGCUUGCUAGAUCAUGCCGUCAAGAUCUUCGAGUCUAUGGUGAGUAGAACCGUCGUGUCCUGGAAUUCACUGAUCGAUGCAUACACAAGGCUUGGCCACAUUGAACAAGCUGCUGCUCUGUUUCAAAGUGCUCCUGAGACCAAUGCCAUCUCCUGGACUUCGAUGAUUGGAGGUUUUGCGAGGAAUGGCUGCGCAGAUGAUGCCCUUGCACUAUUUGUCAAGAUGCUGGCACACGAGCAUAUCUGUCCCGAUGAUUUCACUUUUGGGGCUGUGCUUCAUGCUUGCGCUACGGCUGCUUCUCUGGCCAGUGGAAGGAUGAUCCAUGCCUGUGCAUUCCAAAGUGGUUUUGCUUCAUACUUGUAUGUGGCCAACAGCUUGAUGGACAUGUAUGCCAAGUGUGGUGAUGUCGAGGGUGCAGGCAAUGUGUUCCAGGCCGUUCUUCAGAAGGACUCUGUCUCAUGGAACACCAUGCUGUUUGGGUUCGCGAUAAAUGGAUGGGCGAAGGAAGCAUUUGCGGUGUAUGAAAGGAUGUUGUCCCACGAUGUUUGCCCCAAUGAAGUCACAUUCACAGGAUUGCUCACAGCCUGCAGCCAUUCUGGCCUCCUGGAACAAGGAAGAACCUUCUUUGAGUCGAUGGUGUCUGUUCAUGGACUGAAACCGACACCAGAGCAUUUAGCUUGCGUUCUCGACAUGUAUGCUAGAUCAGGUAACAUCGCAAAAGCCAUUGAGAUGCUGGACCAAUACUCAGAAUCCAUACAUACGCAUAGCAGCGAUAUGCACGAGUCUCUGCUUAGUGCCUACUCAUCCGUUCACCUGGACGCAAGAAUCGGAAGGAAGGUGGGGUGCAGCAUGGUGUCGACGGAGCCUGUGAGAGACACUGGCUAUGUGAUGCUGUCCAACUUGUUGUGCACCACUGGGCAGUGGAAGGAAGCCGAGGGGGUGAGAAGAGCCAUGACAGAGCAUGGUGUCAAGAAGUCUCCUGGCUGUAGCUGGAUCCAUGUGAAGGGUGCUGCUAAGGUGUUUGUAUCAGGUGGGCAAGAACUUUAUCUGUCAGAUGGAAUAUGUGAUAUCAUUCAGUUGUUGGAUGGAGAAAUGAGAAAUAGCAUGUGUUCAGGUGCAUAAUUAUUAUCAUUUCGGUUUAGCGCGGUACCUUUGAUGUGUGGAAUUCACCAGAGAAUCACAUAUUGUUAGCGCUGUUCAAAUGCUACACGCAGGAAUUCCCGUACUAAGAUGAUCGGCAGGCGGCACCAAAUCGCAGAUGAUUAGAACAGCAGCAAAAAGAAAAACGCCGAGAACGCACUGAAACGCAGGUUGCAGUUCAGAGUGGCUGAAACACACGUUGUCUACACUGAAAGGAUUGAAGAGCGUGUGGUUUCUAAUCUUAGAAGACCAAGGAUAUAUUAUGGGUGAAUGGUGAUCCAGUGAACACACUGAGUAUAGGACAGCCGCAGUGUCAAAAUGUGAGCUAGUCAGCAGCCAAAAAGGAGAUAUCUUCUCAACGCUCAAAAGUCACCCAUUAAAAGUCUGUGAUAAAACUCUCCAAUGCCAAACUUCAGUGUCUCUGCGGAAAUCGUAGGUGUGUUGCUGGAAACCGAUUCUCCUGGGCUGGGCAAAAAGAAACUAUCGGUGCUUCCUUCAUCGCUGACACAGGUCGAAGGAAACUCAUUUGUGGGCGCCUAUACAUACUAUGAAAGGUAUUGUAGGAUCGAAUAUAUUUGUCAUUGUUUGUUACGACUUUGAUAGGGCAGUUUUGCAGUGAUAUAGGUCAACAUGUGUUUGUGGUGCGGGCUUGAUCUUGAUCUGGUAGUAGACUAGUAGUACUAUGUGAGCGCGGUUUAUACUAGCCAUGUCAGAGAUGGAUUGGUGUAAAUCAUCGAAGAGGGUGCGGAUUCUUGGCU